AUGCCACACUCGCUCUUGACCUUCUUUACUGCUGCUGCCUUUUUGUUCAGUUCGUUCGGCUCCGCUGCACCAUCGAGACAUGUCGGAAGAGGAGAUUCUUCAUGUACACCCGAUAACAUCAGAACUCGGGUGGACUUCAACGGCAUGGCUGCCGCUGACCGCAAAGCGUACACGGACGCCGUGAAGUGUCUAAUGGUCCAGCCGUCUCAACUCGACCCAGUUCAAUAUCCCGCAGCCAUCAGCAGAUACAUGGACUAUGCUGUCAUUCACGUGAACCGCACACAAUAUGUCCACCUUGAUGCCUUCUUCUUGACCUGGCAUCGGUACUUCCUCUGGCUUUAUGAGACAGACCUUCAAGAGACCUGUGGCUAUAGCGGAGCAUUCCCAUACUGGGACUUCGCCGCCACGGCUUCCGAUCCUCACGCGUUCCCCAUCUUCGACGGCUCCGACUACUCCAUGUCGGGCGAUGGCAUCUACAAUGACACGGGCCCAAUCACCCUUGGCGCACAAUUGACCAUCCCUCAUGGUACUGGUGGUGGGUGCGUCACGACCGGGCCCUUUGCGAACAUGACGGCGCCGCUGAAGUUCAUCGAUCCGACGCAACUUACCACCGGUACGCUACCCGCCGACGCAUUCUCCUACAAUGAAAUCUGCCUGAUGCGCGAUCUAAACGCCUACGUCUCUCAAACGUACACCAACACCACCGAACUCGUUGCUGCAGCACACGCGACCAACGCCUCGAACUUCGAGUUGCUCCUCAACGGUGUCAUCGGGUCUGCGUCCCUGGGCAUCCACUCUGGCGCCCAUUUCUCCGUCGGAGGCCAGAUGGACAGUAUCCACGUCUCUGCCCAGGAUCCUGUCUGGUAUCCUCUGCACACCAUGAUCGACAGAGUAUACUGGAGCUGGCAGACCACUUAUCCCGAGAUGGCGGAUCAGUUGGACGGGUCCACGGGGACUGCGCUGAACACGCCGCCAUCGCCGGUAGUCACCCUGGAUUCGAUCGAGCCGGACUGGGGCUACUUCCAACUGGAUCCGAUCACGGUGAGGGAGUUGAUCAGCACCACCGCGGGACCGUUCUGCUAUCAAUACGAUACCGUCGUUUCAUGA